UGUUGGCCUUGACAUAGGCUCAAGUCUCCGGCGAACACGUUACGUGGCUCUGGACGGUACUCCGCCAUGGAUGUCAAACCCUCCGAUCUUGUGGUCGGUUGCUCCAGUCCUGAUUCCAACGCAUAAUUUCCCGGUCUUCAAAUCCAUGUUGCCGCUCACCCCAGGCGACAAUGUGGCCCCUUUUCGGCUAUUCUCCACGGGAGCUAGCUGGCACGUUUCCAUUCUGCUCGUUCUGGCUUGCUUCUGUGAUGACGAUUUGGUCAAUCAAGAGUCCCUCACAUCCCAAAAGGUACGCUCAUGCGAGCAUGUGGCUUGCUUGACCACCGUCAAUUUUGCUCUUAGCCCGCCUCGUCCCCAGCUUCAAGGCCUUUGGGUCCCGCCUCUAAAGCUCUCCUUUUUUUCUUCCAUUCUUCUAACGAGAGUGUCGCCGUUGUCCGGUGGGGAGGAGUGUUCAACGUUGACAGCGUUUUGUCUUUUCUCCUUGCUGCUGUGUCUGCUACAACGAGCUCGUUGGUUGAGGUCACAUAUUCUCCGAUUCAACGCCACGUCAAUGGUAACUCAGCAUUAUCGCCCCGGGAACCGCACCCGUUGACGUGGAAGUGGUCACCGCCAAAGAGGUUCUUGAGGAGCUGACAUUCCUCUGCAUCCCGCGAGAGUACAUUGUGCCCAUCGAGUGCGCAGGACAAGAUGCGUCUUUCUCAACUUCUGGCUUGGACGGUGCUGGGAUGGGCCCUACCCUCAGGAGUUUACGCACGACCUGGCUCAGAUAUACAGAAGCGACAGGAUAGCACCGACACGAGCUUUCCGUCCCUCACGACUGGUUCGCCAAGUGCUUCAACAGCCGCUUCCGCCUCAGCAAGCGACACAGUCACUUCUUCUACACCAACCUCGACGCAGGGCGUCCAGCAGUCCGGUUCAAACUCGACGAGUUCGGUCAGAAAUUCGGUGUUGUCUACGUCCUUAUCCACUACGAAGCACCCAUCCAGUACCACAAGCUCGGCCAUCCAUACCGCUUCCAGUACCCCUUCCAACAACUCAACGACAAGCUCGACCGAGAAAGUAUCAGAUGCGCUGCCGAUACACCCUCGUCUUACCCCGGCGUUUGGGAUCGCUGGGGUAAUUCUCAUCGUCCUGGGGGCGACUUAUGCGUUGAUUGGUGUCAAGACCAGAUGGGUACAGAUCUUCUUGUCGUGCGCAUUCCUGGCGAGUAUAGCGACAACGGCACUGGUUGACUACGUGAUGAAUCCUCCGGUGACAAAUGCUGUUCAAGGAGGCUUUUUCGUGGCGAUUUUCAUGACCGGCGCCGUGUUCGGGGGUGGUGCUCUCGUGUUCAAAGAAGUCACCGAAGGGUUUGCCUGUCUCUUGGGCGGGUUUUGUUUCAGCAUGUGGUUACUGACAUUGCGACCUGGUGGGCUAAUUACCAGCUCAGGAGGAAAGGGGGCGUUUAUCGGCAUUUUCUGCGUGUUUUUCUGGGCGAUGUCUUGGACCAGCUACACUCGCCCUUACGCACUAAUUGGAUCGAUAUCAUUUAGUGGAGCCACCGCUUUCACGUUGGGCAUCGAUUGCUUCACCAGGGCGGGCUUGAAGGAAUUCUGGUUUUAUAUCUGGGAUCUCAACGACAACCUUUUCCCUUUGAACACCACCACCUUUCCACUUACAAAGGGCAUACGGGUCGAAAUAGCCGUGAUUGUGAUCUGCACCAUCAUCGGAGUCCUUUCGCAGCUCAAGUUCUGGAAAGUGAUCAGGUCUAAGCAAAGCGAGAAAGUCGAGCUCGACGAAGAAGGUUCCCGACAGAGGGAGGCAGUGGAAGCCGCCUUGGGGCGCCAUCUCCAACGGCAGAACGAGCGCGACAAGUCCGAAUGGGAGAAGCAGUAUGGUGAUCGACUUGCUAGUAAACGCAACACUGUCCUAUGGCAGGAUCUCCAUACGGACAAAAGAUACUCGACCGUGUCAGUCGUUGCACUCGAGCCAGCGUCCGACUCGAGUCCCGAAAGCGGAGAAAUGAAUGCUUUUGGCCCUAAGAGAGCCUCUUCGGCAUACGGAUCCAAGAACAAGCGGCAGAGCACGUUGACAGUUGACGUGAUUGAAGAGGUGGAAGAGGAUACGGAUGCCAUCGCCAAUCAGGAACGCCAGAAAGCGCUUCAAGCCCUGGAAAAUUCCCGAACUCCGCUUGGGAUGGAACGCAAGGACAGUGGCAGUUCUUCUGCAGCUCAGACUACUCGCAGCGCCUCGAAUGAUAUGAGCUCCAACGAAGAAGUCUUCAACGAUCAACCAGGCAAGCUCGGUGCGUCUUCCAAACCUAAACGGAGUUCUCAGCUGUCGCUUUCUCGCCGGUCGAAACACUUGAGCGCGAACUACAUUAGCGGCGGCUCUGAAUCGCAAGAACAUCUGAUCGAUGGUGAAAGGCCCCAAAGUAGGGCUUCUUCCGCCGCUGCAACUAUGGACGUGGACAAUGAGGAGCUGGAUGUGAAAGCUUUGGACGUUGACCUCGAUCAAGAUCUGACAUUGCCGCCAGAAAUUGUCAUCUCGCCUGUAGCUAGUUCAUCAAGUGUGGUCCCAAAAACGUCAGAGAACCCGGAGAAUGCCGCAGUUGAAAUGCAAGGCACUGAAAGGUCAACUGCUGGUGGGAACUUGGAGCUCGAACGCCUCUUCGUUGACCAAGAUGGACGCUCUGCUCAAGGUGCUUCCAGCUUGGACGAAGCUCUGAAACCCGAGGGAAGUGAAGCGAAGACGGAGACAGGCGACGUGACGAGGUCUCACUCGCAGACAUCCGAUGGUACCAACUCCAGCGCAGAUACUCUGACCAAAACUGCCCUCGCCAAGGUUCCGAGCCAGCUGUCGAGCGUGGUGUUAUCGUAUCGGACCAACGAAUGGGCCAAGCAUAUCACUACAGCCGAAGAACCGAUCUAUGACGAGCCGGAGACGAUUGAGGGCGUUGACGACGAGUUGCCAACGCAGUUGGCGUCUGUCGCGGCAGAACCCGAGAAGAUUGCUGCAGAGCCCCCUGUGGAAGUGCCGCCAGCAGCCGCGUUACCACCGACAGUAAAAGCGGGUGGAGCUGGUGUGGGCAUUGCUUCCAAGCCGCCAUCGAGCCAACGAUCGGUCUCGGAUCAAGAGCGUCGUCGCAGCACCGGCAGAAUGCCAUCGCGGUCAGCGUCGACACAAUCACUGAGGCACUCCAACAGCCGGGGCGGUCGGAACUCUCUCAACCCCACGAUGCAGAACUCACUUGUCUCAACACCGAUCGACGAAGACGCCCCCAUGGAAUUCACGAACCCCAAGAGGGCGAGUCGACGCAUGUCGUCCCCAUACCAAAUGCCACAGCGGAGCAACAGCGGAAUGCGGCCGCAUACAGCCUAUGGUACUGCCAGCCCAACUUCAGUUAGUAUGUACGACCUGGCUCAAACGUCUCGGCCGUUGAGCCAAAACAGCAACCGUGCUGGUAUGUCGAUCGGGACUCGACUGGAGUCAUACAACUCGCACCAGCCGGCUCAGCGUGACCACAGGAGCGACGCACAGAAGCGAGAGUCUCUGCUUGCUGAAUGGCGGCUGUCACAACAACACCGCGCUUCUAGCAAGGGCAUCAAUGGAGCGAUGGCGGAAGCGGGACAUGCUCAAAUGAGGACGGAGAAGGAGAACCAGAAGCUGAUGGAGGAAUAUCAACGAAACGUGCAACAAAGGAAGCAGUUGGUGAUGGAUCAAGUCAUGCGGCGACCGGAUAUGCAAGAGCUGCAUCGUGAAGCGAUGCGCAAGAUGCAAGCGGGAGCUAAUAAAAACCUGGGAGCUGGAAGAGGCUGAGGGACGGCUUUGCCCUCCAUCCACUCGUUUGACGAUUUCGGGUUCAACAUCGAGUACAUUCGGGGGUUCAGGUGUUAACAGGAGGGUUUCAAAAAGCAAUACGGAUCAUCAAGAAGGGAAAGGGCCACAUUCAUUAUUGGGAGGGCGGGUGCAUUCGCUCCUUUGAAAGCAGGAUUGCCUUUUGGGUUUCAAAAUGGCAGAUGACGAGAACAUUAGAGAUGAUACCCCUAAGCUGGACAUAUACGACCAAGUAACACCUAAUCAAGUUGAUAUUGAUAAUCGAGAUUAAUGUGU